AUGAUGGAGUUCUUCAAGAACUUAGGAGUAAAGAUGGAAGUUUCAGACAUGUCUUUCUCAGUGAGCCUCGACAAUGGCAGAGGUUGCGAAUGGGGAAGCCGCAACGGACUUUCAAGCUUGUUUGCUCAGAAGAGAAACAUUUUCAACCCCUAUUUCUGGCAAAUGAUUACAGAGUUUUAUAAGUUUAAUAAAGACGCACUAAAAUAUAUCGAAGAGAUGGAGCGUAACCCUGAUACCGAUCGAAACGAAACCUUAGGAGAGUUUCUCAAGUCUCAUGGAUACUCUGCCUUGUUUCAAAAGGCUUACUUGGUACCGGCGUGUAGAUCCAUAUGGCCAUGCCCACCAGAUAGCAUCCUUAACUUUUCGGCUUACUCUGUUCUUUCCUUUUGCCGCAACCACCAUUUACUUCAGAUCUUUGAGAGGCCACAAUGGCUGACUGUUGCAGGUCGUUCGGAGACUUAUGCCGCAAAGGUUAGGGCAGAACUGGAGAAACGAGGAUGCAAGAUUCGAAUGAAUUGCAAUGUACAAUCUGUUUCGAUAUCUGAGGAUGGUUGCAUCUUAGUAACAACUGAAGAUGGAUCUCAGGAAGUAUUCGAUAGGUGUAUAUUAGCUGUGAACGCACCAGAUGCUCUGAGAUUGCUUGGAGAAGACGCCACCUCUGAUGAAGCCAGGGUUCUUGGUGCGUUCCAUUACGCUUACAGUGAUAUAUAUCUCCACCGUGACACUGAUCUGAUGCCACGGAAUCGUGUUGCAUGGAGCGCUUGGAAUUUCCUAACAAGUUCUGGAAAUAAAGCGAGCCUCACAUAUUGGCUCAAUAUAAUUCAGAAUCUUGGAGAGGAACAUGAUCCAUUCUUUCUUACCUUUAAUCCUGAGGUUACCCCAAAGAUGACAUUGUUUAAGUGGACCAGUGGUCAUCCUCUGCCAUCUGUUUCUGCUUGGAAAGCUUCACAAGAGCUAAACAACAUUCAAGGGAAGCGCGGUCUAUGGUUCUGUGGUUCAUAUCAAGGUAGCGCCUAG